GCAACCACACGGCCUUGAAGCCCACGGGCGGUGCGGAAUAUCGAGCAAACAAACUGAUGGUUGGAGACGAAGGAAAACUGGCAGAAGAGGACGUCGGUGAAGAAGAACAGAUCGUGAAAGAGAUGGGACUGUACAAAGGGAAGGUGAGGAUAGUGAACUGUGAAGAGCCAGCAGAGGAGAUGAUGCUGCUAUGGGGAUUACAACAGCCAACUCUCUCAAAGCCCAACUCUUUUGCCAAACAGUCCUCCCUCCAGCUCCUCCUUGACUCAUGUGGCCGCUCUCUAUCCAUUCUUCAGUGCCCCUCUUCUUUGAUAUACAUCUUAUUAUAGGGAACUCCUGGAGUAACUGGUUCGGUAAUGUGGGACAGUGGGGUUGUUCUUGGAAAGUUCAUAGAGCAUGCUGUGGAAUCAGGAGAAAUUUCGCUACAUGGGAAGAAAGUUGUUGAAUUAGGCUCUGGCUGUGGAUUGGUGGGGUGCAUUGCUGCUCUUUUGGGUGCUCAGGUUAUUCUUACUGAUCUCCCCGAUAGAUUGAGGUUACUGAAGAAAAAUGUUGCAGCGAAUUUGUAUGGAGAUGUAAAAGGUUCUGCAACAGUGAGUGAGCUUACAUGGGGAGAUGAACUCGAACCUGUUCUACAUGAUCCUUCCCCUGAUUACAUUUUGGGCUCGGAUGUCAUUUACAGUGAAGAAGCAGUGGUAGAUUUGUUGGAAACACUUGUAGACCUCUGUGGCUGUGAAACAACAAUUGUUUUAUCUGGCGAACUUAGAAAUGAUGCCAUCCUUGAAUACUUCUUGGAAGCAGUCUCAGAGGAGUUCAUUGUGGGGCGUGUUGAUCAGAUGCAGUGGCAUCCAGAUUUUCUCAGCCCGCGCGUUGUGAUUUACAUUUUAGUGAAGAAGUAGAAAUGCAGAAGGGUAAACGCUCGUUGCUUUGAUCUAUUUAAGCUGAGGUUCUCUUCCUAGCAUUGGAUUGGAACCAUUGGUGCCACCGCCAAUUCAAAUGUGGGGCCUGCUUGGCCACUCAAUGGAUUUCUUGGACGUGUCAAGGCACACUGUGUCACUGCCAUAUGGCAGAACCUGCUUCUGAUAUAUUCACAGUUGUAAUUCUACCUGACACUUCACAAUCUUUCUUGGACAUGUCUUGAGUUGUACUCCGUAAUUGUUUGGUUUAUAAUGGACAAAGUCUUCAUGCUUUGUGUUGUUUUGAAUGCAUAACUUAUGACCCUACUUAUGCUUUUAUGUCUUCAUUUGUUUCCCGUUUCCUCCCUGAGUCUAGUGGAAUAUCUUGCGGGCUUGAGUGCCAACCUGCUAUGGGAUCGUGACUGUUGGAUUGAGAUUUGAAUGGUUCAUAAGAAGUGGAAGUAUGCUAGUGGGAAAAUGGCCAUUGAUAUCAUAUUAUACAUCCCAUAAAACCAAGGGCGACGUGAUAGAAGGUGACACGUUUUCUUACCAGGAUGGCUGAAUGAUUUCCAACAUUACAUGAGUACGUGUGCAGGGACAUGACAAGGACAAAUAGUAUCUCCUUCGCUGUUGCAUGAACAACUAUGUUUCGAUGUAAGGUGUACUAAAAGUUGCCACAAACUUAUAUCUGAAUGUCUAUGAAUAGAGUUAGAACUAGUAAGUAGUAACUUUCAGUGGGCAAAACGUAUAAACGGUAGUAUAAGUGUAUAACUGUUGAUAUUGAUAUGUUUUCGACUCCCAAGUGUAGGAAAAAAUGUUUUGUUUGCGCUCAUUUAGCCAUUUGAAAUUUGAGUGAGCGGGC